GUCAGUCUUGGGGUAGUUAUCCUAACGAGAGCACGUGUUCAACGAUUUUGACGACUUAUACGACCUGAUCAGUUUCCAAAAUAAAAAAGAAAAACCCCGUGCGACAAAUUUUUCUAUGUAAACUUCCGAUAUAGUGCUUCCGGUUUUCGAUAAAUCGAAUCGAAGAUUUGUGUUUAUAUAUUAUUGAAAUUGUGCCUAUUUGUUUUUAUUUAUUUAUUUACUUUGUUGUUUUUUUUUUCUGGGAUAUUCCAAUUUUGACAGUUCGAAAUAAAAACGAUACAAGUGAUUGACAGUGAAAAAAAAAAACAAGUGGUACGAACGAUGGCGAACUGUGACGUGUGGAUUUUUCAAAUUUUCGAAAGGUGAACGUAUCGUUUUAUAGGACAGAUUGUAACAAUUCUUUCGCAACCCUGGCGGAGCUGGAACAUAUGCAGCCGACAGCGGCAGCCAGUUUACCACCCCCUGGUGGAGAUAUGGACAUGCAGACUAUGCAGUCGAUGGAUUGGCUCUUCAAAAAAGAAAGAAUCUACCUAUUGGCACAAUUCUGGCAACAGAGGGCGACACUGGCGGAGAAAGAAGUGACGACGUUGAAAGAACAACUUUCCGGAACAAAUACAUCGAAUAAUUGCGAAAACAAAGAUACGUUAAAUAUGGAUAGGCAAAGCUUUGAGAACGAAAUGGCAACCAAAGACAAAGAAAUCAAUCAUUUAGUAGAGGAAAUACAAAGGCUGCAGGGAUGUCUGUCGAAAUUACAAGAGUCAUCUAUGUCACAGAUAAGCUUAUUAGAAGAUCAAUUGGAACAGAAAAGACAACACGUUUUACGAUUAGAAAACAAAUUGGACUCACAAAAAGACUAUGACGAACUGAAAAGAGAAGUCAGUAUAUUACGCUCAGACUUAGCCAAUAAUCCCGAUGGAAAAAAUAUAGAAUUAUUGUUAGAAAAAUCGAAAAAUCUCAGCGUUCAUGACCCGAACGAUAAAUCGCCGAAGAGAGAAAUUGAAGGGGUUGAUCAGCAUCCGUCGCAAACCCCUUCCCUUUCUACAACCCCUCCGAAUAUCCUCCCGCCACUUUUUCAAAAUGUUGACGCGUUCGGUAGUUUAUUAGGUGAAGAAAUAGUUUCUUCUUGGAGAAGAAACAUUGAACAAAAUCGUAUAACACCCAAAUCACCGUCUGCUUCUUUAGAUAUAUCGCUCAAGUGUUCGACGCCGGUUAAUGCUGAUUCUACGGCGGACAAAAGUACGGCUUCCACUCCCCAACUUUCGGAUCAAGUCUGUCAAUCCUCACCUAACGAAAACCUCAUAAACGGUAAUCCGAAAAGUCCGCAAGAAGACAACAACAACCAUCACGUUAGCAAUAACAAUCUCCCUUUAUCGGCGAUGUGUACAUUUUUAAAAAAUGAAGAUAGUUUAAAGAGCCCUUACCGAUUCGAUGAUCACAGACCUCCGUUUAAGUUCGCCGAAGAUUUAGGUAUGGCACCAGGAUCUAUGGUAGGAAGACUUGGAGAAAGCCUUAUACCUAAGGGAGAUCCGAUGGAAGCUAGACUCCAAGAAAUGUUGAGAUACAACAUCGAUAAAUACGCAACACAAAAUUUGGAUACUCUUCAGAUCGCAAGAAGGGUACGCGAACUACUUUCGAUUCACAAUAUUGGCCAAAGAUUAUUCGCAAAAUACGUACUAGGAUUGUCGCAAGGAACGGUUUCGGAGUUACUUUCGAAACCGAAACCGUGGGAUAAAUUAACGGAAAAAGGAAGAGACAGUUAUAGGAAAAUGCACGCGUGGGCAUGUGACGAAAAUGCCAUACUCCUACUGAAAUCGUUAAUACCAAAGAAAGACCAUUUUUCAUCAACAGGCAAAUCGGAUGCCGGUAUGCCACCUUACGGUCGUCCCGAAAAUGAUCAUCCCGACGACAGAUUCGUACACAUUUUAAAUAAUCCCACCUUUCAACAACAUAUAAAACAACAACCUCUAGAAGACAGUCACAGCAAUGAAGAUUCCAAAUCACCUCAAGGAUGUAGUAGUCCUUUUUCGAGAGAUUCCAGUAUGAAUAAGAGACUAAAAAAAUACGAAAAUGACGAUAUAUCUCAAGAUAAAGUCGUUCGAAUUUAUCAAGAAGAAUUAGCUAAACUUAUGGGUAGACGGUUGGAUGAUCUCAGAGGUCAAAGGGAUGGACCUUUUCCUGGUUUAUUUCUUCCCCAUAUCUAUAGCGGCAGCACUCUAGAACGAACGCCCGAAGAACUACGUUUAGUUCUCGACGCAUAUCACAGAGAAUUCGCCAAAUUAAAUCACGGCCAAAAUUCCACACAGAUGCCGUUAAGUCUAUUGGCUAUCCAACAGCAAGCACUCGCUCAUCACCAGCAACAGCAAUACUCCAAUGGAGGGGUUCAGGAUCUUUCCAUUCCAAAAGACAAAAUGAAAAUGGCGAACGGCAGCAUGGAUGAAAAAGAUGAAAAAGACGAUCCAAUGUCACGGCAUUCGGGAUCUGCAUUUAGUUUAGUAAAACCAAAAAUUGAACCCGGCACUCAACCGAGUACAGGAUCGACGGCGUCCAGUCCGUUAGGAAAUAAUUCAAUUCUGCCACCUAUGACUCCGAACGACGAUUUUUCCGGAUCGGCAGUAGCAUCGCCUCUACAACGAAUGGCAAGCAUCACAAAUUCCCUCAUAUCACAACCACCAUCCCAACCGCAUCCGUCUAAUAAUAAUAGACCUCUAAAAGCAGUAUUACCACCAAUAACUCAACAACAGUUUGACCUAUACAAUAACUUGAAUACAGAAGAUAUUGUUAAAAAAGUCAAAGAACAAUUAAGCCAAUAUUCGAUAAGCCAGAGACUAUUCGGAGAAAGUGUAUUGGGAUUAUCGCAAGGUUCUGUUAGUGAUCUUUUAGCGAGACCCAAGCCAUGGCAUAUGUUGACGCAAAAAGGCAGGGAACCCUUUAUUAGAAUGAAAAUGUUCUUAGAAGACGAGAACGCCGUCCACAAAUUGGUAGCCAGCCAAUAUAAAAUUGCCCCGGAGAAAUUGAUGAGGACGGGAGGAUACGGAGGAGCUUGUUCGUCGAUAGGAAAGUCUAUGCCACCAACAAACAAAAUGCUAUCGGAAGCGGCAGGUCUCCUUAAUAAAAUGCAAGAAUCUCAAAACAUUUUACCUCCGUCUCUUCAGCUUGGACCUCCGCAAGGAAUCAAUCCGCAACCUCCUCCACCUCCGAUGUUAUUAACGCCGCCCGGUUUGCCACCACAUCAUGCGAUCAAUAUUCAAAAUCAAGAUCUCAUUAAAAAAACCAAUCACAGUCCGCACGGCGUUCCACAUUCUCCCAUGGGUCAGCAACACACACCUCUCAGAAAUAUGCACCAACAUAUUUCGCCUAGCGUUUAUGAAAUGGCAGCUCUUACGCAAGACCUCGAUACUCAAAUCAUUACUACGAAAAUCAAAGAAGCAUUACUCGCUAAUAAUAUUGGACAAAAGAUAUUCGGCGAAGCUGUUCUUGGUUUAUCACAAGGCUCCGUUAGUGAACUUCUAUCGAAACCGAAGCCUUGGCAUAUGCUUAGUAUAAAAGGCCGAGAACCCUUCAUAAGAAUGCAACUUUGGCUGAACGACGCUCACAACGUUGAUCGACUGCAAGCUUUAAAAAAUGAAAGGAGAGAAGCGAACAAAAGGAGGAGAUCAUCUGGAGCUGGUGCUCACGAUAAUAGUAGUGAUACUUCUUCGAACGAUACCUCAGAAUUUUACCAUUCGAAUUCCCCCGGUCCUGGACCACCGUCCGCUAAAAAACAACGAGUUCUAUUUAGCGAAGAACAAAAAGAAGCACUGAGGCUAGCCUUUCAUUUAGAUCCAUAUCCGAACGUUAAUACAAUUGAAUUUCUAGCGACCGAACUGGUUUUGUCAUCUAGAACUAUCACGAAUUGGUUUCACAAUCACAGAAUGCGUUUAAAACAGCAAGUACCGCAUGGAUUCCCUUCCGAUUUACCUCCAAGAGAUCAAACGGGCAACCAACAAACCUUCGAUCCAGUACAAUUCAAAGUACUGUUAAACCAAAGAUUAAUUGAACUUUCGAAGGAAAGAAUGGGCUUAAGCGGUGUUCCGUUACCUUAUCCCCCUUAUUUAGCAACGAACGCCAAUUUAGCCGCUUUAAUAAGUCGAGGACUAUUGCCUACGGGCGAUAUGGACUUGGCGGCUUUAAAUAACGCAGUUAAAGAACAAAUGAGCGGUUUGGAUCUAUCUAUGACGGCAUUGAAAAGGGAACCCGGUGAUUUCGAUGACGAUGACGACGUCGAAAGUAACGCAUCAGAAGAUUCAAAUAUAUCGGGCGGAAGUUUGCGCGGAGUAGUAAAGUCGGAACCCAAAGAAAUACCCUCGAGCCAGAGCAGGUCGUCGAGACGAAAACCUGCUGCACCUCAAUGGGUAAAUCCGAAUUGGGAGGAAGAAAAAGAAAAACCGAAUACUGGAGACGAAGUCAUCAUUAACGGCGUCUGUGUGAUGCAGACCGGCGAUGACUACGCCAGGAGGAAUGCGGAGGAAACCGUACGAGUGGAACCUCAAGCGGUAUUGGACAGGUACGAAGACGAACAAAGCGAAACGUCUUCAAUCAGCAACGAUAACGAACAAAAUGAAAAAAUGGAAGACAAAGAAAUCGAUCGGGAAGAACAGACUGCGAGGAGUGACGUUAAGAUAGACGACAGUGAAAUUAAAAACCUUAAUCAAGAAAACGAAGAAGAACGGUGGGAGUACUAAAAUGAACAAUGUCAAUAUUUCUUGUUUUUUUUUUCUUGUUUUUUUUUUUAGUUGUUGAUAGUGUGUUAUGCGGACGACCUAAAAAACUUCAUAGUGAAUCUAAAUACAGGUUGAUAAUUUGUUGUAAGAUAUUACAAAAAGUGCAAUCACGAAAACGAAAAUUUAUCCCCAAGGUUAUAAUAAAAAAUAUUUAUUGAAUUGUGAUUGAAGUAGGUUUGUUGAAAAUACUCGAUAUAAUUUUAUGUGUAAAUAUAUAUAUAUAUAUAUAUAUAUAUAUAUAUAUAUAUAUAUAUAUAUAUAUAUAUAUAUCCAGUUUUUAUAACGAUCCUACGUUUUAUAACGGAAUACAUUGUAGAAUGUUUGUUGGAAUUUAAUACUGAACACACUGAUAACUAACAUCAACGCACAGAAUUGCACGGGUAAACAGUUUGGUCUCUGAAGAUAAUAACUUGGUUUGUCGAAAAGCGCGACUUAUAGUGUAGGUGUUGUUUUGGUAGUAUGUUCGGUACGAAUAUUACUUCGCCGGCAAUUUACAUUACAAAUACGACGAUAUUUUUUAGACAGUUAUAUAAUUCAAUGUUAUAUGGAAUAAUAGCAAAAUUUUUUGUGAGAAACCGUACAUUGUGGAGGUGUUGGUUUUCUCGAUAAUCCAUUUUUAAUUUUAAUUUAAUUUGAUGUCGAAAAACGAAAUUUCUUGCUGACCGGUGUAAUAAUUUGAAACAAGUAAAUGGCACGUUAUUUGAAAUUCAAACAAAUAUUCUGCAUUUCCAAAAAUCUUGCCAAUUUUAACUAUUUCACUUAUUGGCAUUAUUUUUCAUUCAUUUUAUUUCGAUUUGUAUUUAAUUAGUUAUUAUUAAAUAAGACUGUUACCGUUAUUAUUAUAUAUAGUAAGCUCUCGAGCUAAAAAAAGCAAAGAAAAUGUUUUGAACAUUUUGUGAUAUACACUUUUACGUUUUAUUUCCCAUUAUGGAGAAUAUAUUGUGCUUUCCAAUUGUUUUUAAAAGUACCACGACGGCCAAAAAAUGCAAUAUUCUAAGUAUAUAAGUUUCGUAUUAGCUUAAAAAGUCUCUAAAUUAGUUAUUUUUUAAUCUUACAACGAAGAUUUCAAUAGCUAAUAAUUACAACUGAUUAGAUAUAAAUAUAUUUUCAAAAACGGCGAAUAUAAUUCAUCAAAAAUUUGGUACGAUUUUUAUAAAUUGAAGAGUAUCUACAAUCUUUUAUUAUAUACCGAAUCGUAUUAUUUUAAUAUCUCACUAAUAUCUCACUAGGACAAAGUAACAGAAGAAAAUAAUCCAACUUAUAAAAUAUUAAUAUUUUCCGUUUGCUUCAAGAGUUUAAUUUUAGGGGAUAUAUCGGUUAUAACAUAAAAUUGAAAAAUACUUGUCUAAAAAAGAAUUAAAGCUAUGCACGGCGAGGAAAAAUCUAAAACUUCCUUAUGAUCUCUUAUACGGGUAUAGAACAAUAUAAAAUUAGAUAUUUUCCUUUCAAACGAUAAAUGUAUCAUUUGCAAUGUAGUAGCCAGAUAUGCCCAUUUUAUGAACUUUAAUUAUUUUGAAAGAAAUUCAAAAACGUAUCUAAAGUUUUCUAAACCAGUUUUAAUUAGUGAUAUUGAAAUUUUCUAAACGUAUACUUAGUGUGGUAAUUUUUCUAUUUGCGUUCAAAAUAAUUUCCAGCAUCUUCCAAAGUUUUUUGUACAUAAUUUUAAUUAAAAUAAAUUUUUUCUUACAGUAUAACAACAUAAUUUUAAUUUCGAAAUUUUUAUAUCCCGCGUUAUUUUAUCUAGUCUAAUUACUUAACAGGGGCGUCAAUAUCAAAAACCAUUUUUUACAAAAAGGCCAGUAAGUACUGAAUAUAUUUUCUUUAUAAAUAAAUUCAAUAGUUCAAUGUAAUAGAUUCGAAAGCCUUAAUUCCACGCGCGUUAUCGCGUGUUGUCGCUUAAUCAAAAUUUUAUUAUUAGUAUCUACAUAUUAUUAUCCCGAGUGUACGAAUCCAAAAUUUGUGGGAUAUAUAUGAUUUUUAUAAUUUAUAUCCGAUAGAUAACUAAUUACCCUUCAAAGACAUAUUUAAAGAAUCUAUUUCGCUUUAUUUAAACAUUGAUUACAAUAAUUUUUAUAUGUGGAAAAUACUAAACAAAUAUAAGAUGGUUCCAAUUGAAGACGAUUAUACCGUGAAAUGAUAGAUGAAAACAACUAUUUCGGAAUGAAUCGAAAGAGGCACUUUUUGGGUUCGUGACUUUGGACUAGAUGUCAUAUAUAUGUUUUGUUUAUAAUAAUCUGACAUUAUCAGUUAUUAGAUCUCAGCAUUUUUAUUAAACAAAAAAAAAUUCAAAUAGCUUUAAUUUCCAAAUAUAAUUAGAAAUAAUGUUACAAAAUGCAUAUCGUUAAUAUUAAGUAUUUAAAACAAAUGAAAUCCACCCAUAAAAAUAAUUUAAGCAACAAAAUAAAACCAUAGUUUGUUUUUGUGUUCCGUUUCAUGUUUUCGCGAUAAAAUAUAGCAUAUGAAAAAUAGAUUAAGAGAAACAUAUGUUCAAAGUGCAAUAUUUUAACGUUCAAAAGAUAGGGUAUAUUUUUGCGAUAUACAAAAAUAUGUUUCUUCCAAAAUGUAAUCAAUGUAAUAACAUUGUAAAAAAAUACGUAAAAUUCUGUCUUUAAAUUGAAGCGAUUGAGACAUUAAAAUUAGCAAAAAAUGUAAUAUAAAUGCACAUUUUUAAAUAAAAAAAAAACUGCAUGUAGUUAUAUAGCAUAGAUUUUUUUGCCGUAGAAAAACUAUUUGAAAACCUAUUUUCAUUUUUGUUAUUUGAUAAAUUUUCUGUACCCAAAAAUGUUAUACAAAAUAAAAACACAAAAUACGUAAGCAUGUUUUUGUUAGUACUGAUAAUAAUAUAUUAGCUGAUAUGGUAAAUAUGGUACAAGAAGAUUUGUUUUAUUUUUUAUUAUAUUUUAUAAUAUAGAAACAUCCAAGAACAAUGCUUAGGAAGAUCAUAGAUCUAUUUUAUUCUUUUUUUACUGUAAAUAUUUAUAUCAUAUCAUCCCUUGAAAAUUUCUAAAUUAAAAUUUUCUCUGUAUUU